GAAGCCCCGUCUGAGAUCUCUCGUCCGCACCUCACUAAAGACGAUCCUCAUCAGCUCACACUGGCCCGCCUGGACUGGGAACUUGAGCAGAGAAAGAGGUUGGCAGAGCAAUAUAAGACAUCUCUUGCCAGCAAGGAGAAAAUCCUAAAGGGAAUCGAGGUGAAGAAAGAAUACCUGGGCAACCUUCGACCUGGACUCCAGGCAAUCAUGCAGGCCUCUCUCCCUCUCCAAGAGUAUUUAUCCAUGCCCUUUGAGCAUGUGCAGAAGCAGACUGAAGUGGCACGCCACCUGCCUCCACCUCUCUAUGUGCUGCUGGUGCAGGCCAGUGCUUACGGCCAAGCCUGUGAUAAGAACCUGUCUGUUUCCAUUAGUGGGGAUGUGGAUGAAGCCAAAGCACUCUCUAAGCCCCCAGAGGACUCACAGGAUGAUGAAAGCGAUUCAGACGCUGAAGAGGAGCAGAACACCAAACGGCGGAGGCCAACUGUUGGCGGGCAGCUGGACGAUAAACGGAAAGAGAUGCUGAAGCGUCACCCUCUGUCACUCUGCAUAGACCUCAAGUGCAAAGACGGAAGUGUGUUGCAUCUGUUCUUUUACUACCUGAUGAACCUCAACAUCUUGACUGUGAAGGCCAAAGUGUCAACCUCCUCCCACCUGACUGCUGUGGUCAGUGCCGGGGAGUUGUUGAACUCAGACACACUGUUGAACUGCCUCUACACAUCUGAUCAGGGCAAAGAAACACCAAACCCUGCCAACCGCUACCAGUUUGACAAAGUUGGGAUUCUUACUUUCUCAGAUUAUGUGGGGGAUUUGGGUCACCCUUACCUUUGGGUGCAGAGUCUAGGUGGACUUCAGUUUCCCAGCGACAACCCUGAGAAUGUUGUGAUGGGGAGCAAACUGAGCGCCAGUCACAUGGAGCGCACCGUGAAGCUGCUGAGAAGCCGCCUGCAGUCUCGCCUGGCCCUCCACAAGCAGUUCAUCUCACUGGAGCACAGUGUGGUGCCUGUGUCUGCUGAGUGCCAGGACCUCUUCCCUGCCAAAGUCAUCUCCCGUCUCGCUCGCUGGAAUGCCAUCACCUACCCGGAGUUUGAGGAGAUGCCGAUGGUGCAGCAUGUGCUGAAGGCAGGCCUGGCUCAUGAGACGGAUCUCUUCUUCAUGGCGGUGGUGGAAAGAGGAACAGCCCGCCUGCAGGCAACCGUGGUGCUGAACCCCCGCUACCCCGACGUCACGCCGCUCUUCUCCAUCUCUCUGCUGUGGAAGGGAGAGCGCUCUGGACUCACAGACGACAACCUGCGGGCCAUUGAGAGUGAGGUCAAUGUCUUCAGGGCGGAGCUUCAGGGGCCCCGCCCUGGCCACCAGCUGCUGACCAAUCAGCUCCAGCGUCUGUGCCUGUGCCUGGAUGUGUACCUGGAGACAGAGAGUCAGGUGUGCGAUGGGUCGGAAGGACCCAGAGAGUUCCCCAGAGAGAAGAUGUGCUUACGGACGGCCAGGGGUCCAAAUCGUCUGAAACCCUUCAAGUACAACCAUCCUCAGGGCUUCUUUAGCCAUCGUUGACCUCUGCCGCUCCCUUUGGAACCGCGGCGUCCUAAAAGCUUUCUUGACAAAUGCUCAAAUGAGUUCCUUUCCAGUUGCCCAUUUUUACACAACUUUUAAUGUAGGUUAGGGUGGAAAAAAAAUAAACGUUCUUCAGUUUUUGUAAA